GAUCUUUCUGCUCCACAAUGUCGCAAGGAUCCGUUCAGGCUAUUUGGUGCAACGAACGACAGAAUACUGGAAAAGUGAGAGAAUGAAAGAAGGGUCUACAAAUAGACUUGGCACAGGGGGGAAUGUUGACGAAUUUGUGAUUAUAAGAAGACGUCGACCUCGGAGGACUUUCUGAUAUUUUCCCUCGUCGUACUCAACAGCCUGGUCUGCUUUGCUUUCUAUCUACCAUAUACCAAAAAAAGAAGAAAAAAAAAGAAAAACUCCCCGGUUUCAUUUUCCCUGGCGGUUAUACUGCAGUGCAGCUCUUUUGAAUCCUUUGUUCCACACAUUCGGCCUUUGCUGUCAAACAGCAUAGCAAUAUUCACACGACCCAAACUAGAGUCCAUAUAUUCCCAACUCCCAACACAACCCACAACAGUCUACAAGAUGCAGUUCUUCAGCGUCGCCCUCACCCUUUUCUUGGCCGCCACCGUGUCUGCCAAGGCGGUACGUGGAGCUAAUGGAAACUGCGGCUUCCCUAACGGAAAGACGUGCAAAUUCACGGGCAAGACAAACGCCGCCGGCGCCAGGAUCUUCACAGAGCCGGCUGGCUCGCCGGGAGCCCAAUGCUGCCUGCUCCCCGCCAGUUGCGGCAACAACGACGUUGACAAUGUGUGCGUCAAGGACGACUUCAAGCCCGUGAGGAUGAGGAUGGUGGAUAGGCGCAAGGUUAUCGGCCCCAACGACGUCAAGGGACAGGGAAACCUCGGGAGCCCGAGGGUCAAGCGCGCCGACGAGGCUGAGGAGGAUGAGGAUGAGGAGUAAACUCUGUUCAAAUUGAAGGGAGUUCCGUACUGGUUGGUAAAUUUAUGCUUGGGUUUCGGCAAUUAUGCGAACGGGAAUUUUUGGGCUUAGGGAUGAGAAAGAUAUGCGUUGGAUGAGGAUCACAAGUGGUGAACCCUAGGAAACGUGUAAUCGGGUUCGAAGUAUAUAUUUUUAUCGGUUAUUACAAUAUGAAGCGAGCCUUCUAAACUCAUAUACCUAGGUAGGUACCUACCUACCUUACCAC